AGCUGCAGCAGUGGCGGGCCCAGCAGGAGGAGGUGGCGAAGCUGGAGGCAGCUAUAGCUGCUAGACAGCAGGAGGAGGAAGAGGCGAGGUUAAAGAGGGAGCAGGAGAAGGAGACUGCCAUCAGAUCGCAGCAGAAAGAAAAAGUCAGGCAGUUUUAUUUAAAGCAGCAGAAGAGGAGGGAGGUGCAAGGGCAGAGGGAUCAAGAAAGACUCGCUAAUCUGAGAAGCAUCAUGGAGGAACAGGCAAGGCGAGAUAAAGAGAGGGUACAGUUUCGGGCAGAUAUGUUGCAGUGGCGAAGGGAGGAGAGAGAGGCGCGGGAGCUUGAGCGGCAGAGAGAAGAAGAAGAGAAACAGAAUCGUCUGGAAGUUCUCAGAAACCAGGUUGGGGUGGUGGCAGAGGCAGACCCAGAGAGGAUGAUGGCAGAUACAGAGGCUUGGAGAAGUCGACACUUGAAUGUAAAGUUUGAGUUUGAGCUCCAAAGGCCUCUCUACAGUAUUAACACGUACACAGACACACAGAUUGUAUCUGAUCCAAGAGUGCGGGUUGAGCAGGCUCUGCGGGAGGCUGGUCUGCACCACAGCCAGUAUGCCCAAGAGGUUCUGUCUGUUAUCAAGCCCCCUAAACCACCUAGACGAGAUACCAAAUCCACACUGAAAUUCUGAACAUCUGACCCCAAAAAGGGGGUUGUCACAUUAUUUAGAUCUGCCAGCUCUUGUUCUGGUACUGAGCAUUAUAUUAAAUGUAAUUUUUCUAAGCUGCAUGUAUAAGAAUCAUAUGAAGUUGGACAGAUUCUGCUGCUUGGUUGUCCAGCUUCUGUAGUCACAAACUCAUAUACAGUAGCUAUAGUAUUGACCACAAGUGACACAGUGCAAUUACUAUUAAUGACUUUUAUUGUAGGGUUAAUAGUCUGCAGCAUCUCCUGAGAAAUACAUCAUAUCAUUCAUUGUGUUUGAGCUCUGAUAAACAUGUACCUCCAACAAAUGAUAAUGACCUCUCUGCACAUUUAUCACUAUGUACUGACUGCCUAUGCUACUUUCAGGAAGUUUUAAUUUGCAUAAACAAGCUUGUACGGCAGAAGCUACAAAA